CGUGACGUACAAUUCACGGACCGAUUCUCAAAACAAGUCCGACUGUUUUGGAUUACGGAUAACAUUCCCCUAGUUACCACUUGUCAGCCCUGUCAUCAGUAUUUAUUCAUAAUUAAAGCAACAUUUUUGAAAUCCUUGAAAAGACAUCUUUAUUUCAUACAAUGGCGUCACGAUCACCAUCUUCAUCCCCAGGCUCAGCGACAGGCUCUGGUACUGAUCCAGCACGGCCCGAUACCGGAGAGCCGCUCGGUGGAGGAUCCGAUUCGGAUUCAGAUUUUGGAUUAGGAAAAUUUGAUUGUGGUGCAGCGGAUACGGCGCUGCGAUUAGAAGGAGAAGAUUUGGAGAACGAGUUUGAUGCGGCAGCAGAUCGGGUCAGAGAUCUCGUCCAGACAGCCAGCAGAGAGCAGCUGUUAUAUCUGUACGCCAGGUAUAAACAGGCCAAAGUUGGAAAGUGCAAUACCUCGAAGCCUGGUUUCUUCGAUUUUGAGGGUCAGAGAAAAUGGUCAGCAUGGAAACAGCUGGGGGACAUGAGUGCAGAGCAGGCUAUGCAGGAGUAUGUGUCUUGUGUACAGGUCCUGGAUCCAGACAGCAGUCAGAAGGAGCGAAGGGGCGGAGUGAAUCGAUCUGGUGGAUUCGGUGGGCCGGCAGUCAGCUCUCUAUACCAGGAAGAAAAGAUCAGGGAAGAGGACAAAAACAUUUUUGACUACUGCAGAGAGAACAACAUAGAAAAUGUCAGCAAAGCAAUCAGCUCCAAAAAAGUGGACGUGAAUGCAAAGGACGAAGAGGGCCGAGCGCUUCUUCACUGGGCGUGUGAUCGGGGCCAUAAAGACCUGGUGUCCCUGCUCCUGCAGAAUAACGCCGAUAUCAAUAAUCAGGAUGACGAAGGGCAGACUGCACUACACUAUGCCUCAGCUUGCGAGUUUGCAGAAAUCGUCGAGUUACUCCUGAAAGCCGGAGCUGACCCAUCCAUUAAAGAUCUAGAAGGCUCUCUUCCAGAGGAGGUUACAGAGUGCAGCGCCAUCUCUUCUCUUCUCCGUCAGUAUACGGCUCCUAAAGGCUAAAUCUCGCUCGAUCAAUCCUUCACAAUCAAACCCCAUCCAGUUACUCUCAUACAAACUGAGCUCCUCAUCCAGAUUGUACACGUGUACCGUCAAACCAACACUAGCUAUCCGAACACAGUCUAGAUCUAUUGCUAUGAUUCUCCAUUUGGAUGUGGACCACAGAUAUUAUACAUUCAUACUGUUAAGUUGAAAAAACCUGUCCUAGCUCAUCCCAGAAUGGUACAUUCCAUUGAAUGUGUUAUUGCUAUUAAAAUGAAAGAAAUUAAAUCUUAA